AUUCCCGCGGAGCUGGGAAAAUUGGAUUUUCUCAGCGAUUUUCCUACCGGUUGCAGCCAUGGACGACUUCGAUAUUUACGGUGAUCUGGAGAAGUACGAAUCGGAAGCAAAGAAGGACUCAGAGGAAGUGCAGGAUCUUUUGCGGCGGAUAGCUGAGCUGGAAAAGCAGCUGGAAUCCAAGGAGCAAGAAAAGUGUGAUGUAGAAAAAAAGAAUAGAAUUUUAGCGGAAAACAUAUCAUCUUUGCUACUAACAGCCAAGGCGGAACUAAAGCGAAAGGAUACCGUCAUAGCAGAUCUACGAAAACAGUGCGAUAAUGCGGCGUUCCGGAGAGGGAACCAGGGAGCGAAACCCGCGGUUGGUGGCAAGAAGCGAGAACAAGCAACACAAACCUCCGUUUGCCACUCUAGGCAUACUGGCGUGCAGACGGAUCUUUCGAAACCAGAGGAGUGCUCGGAUAGGAAAAGGAAACAUGUUCGUGAGCUAAACGGAGAUGAUGAAGCCCGAGAGAGCAAACGGGCCCGUGUGCAUGACCAUGGAAGUAGCAAUCGCGAUCUAGAAAAUGAUCGCGAACGACGACGGGAAAAAGACCGAGAACGAGAGAAGGAUAAAUACCGUGAUCGUGAUACGGAUCGAUUAAGGUAUCGAGAUCGUGAACGCUCUCGUGAGCGUGUAAGAGAACGAUCUCGUGAUCGUCACAAGCCCAGAACCAGUGAUAGAGAUCGUGAUGGAAUGGCAAGGCGAGAGCGGGAUCCAAUCAAAGAUUCAGAAGCUAGUCGAAGAAGCGAAGUGACUGAUAGGAAAGAUAGAAAUCGUCGUGAGCACGACACAAGGUCACGGCCCGCGAACUCCUCGCGCGAUCAACAGUCCAAGGAGAGCAUCAGUUCGGAUCAUAAAUCUGUACCGUCAAAUGUAGAUCGUAAAUCGUUCAGUAAAGAUGCUGGGCUAUCACAUCGCACUGAUCGAAGAAGGCAUUCUACAAAAUCGAAUCAUGCGGACGAUGUCCGUGAUUCAAGCAGUACCGUCAAAGCACACACAGCCAUUUGUGAUAAGAUACGGGAAGAAUCGGAUCCCGCAGUAACCACCUUGCAUAGUCCUGAUGACGUCACGCAGCCGAACCAAAAGGAUAGUGACAAAACCAUUCCUGAUACUCAAAAUGCCGGUAAGUUUCGUAAUGAUUCCAGUUCAGUGGCUAUUUCUGCUCCGAUCAAAUGCCUCCCUGCGACCCUCGAUGCCAGUGAGGCUGCUUCGCAACAUGAGCCGAACAUUAAUGAGCAUCUUAUUACACAGAACAACGAUACGAAUGCUGAAACUUGUUCGAUUGUUUCGCAAAGCAUUCCGAUAGAGAGCGUCCACCAAACUCCAGCAACAAAUUUUAAGCCUAAAAUUGUUACGAUUGAAGCGGCCAUUGUUGAAGUGACACCAGGGAGCGUUUGCGUUGAACAUGUAACAAAUGAACAGACUACAGAUUCUACACCAAUUCUUUCACGUGAAGUUAUACAGGAGUACACAUCAGAAGAGGCCAUUAGCAGCAUAGAUCUCCCAGAAACUAUACCAACAAAAGCAAAUGGUGAUGAAAGCGAGAGUUUAAACGAGAGCAACCAGACCGUUCUGCCACCCAACCAAGAAGAUUGUAAUGGAGAUGAAAUCCUAGAAAGUACAUCUCAAACUAGCAACAUAAAAACCACUCCAGAAGAGGACGAUAUUGAACAUAAUUCGACAGACAAAACGGUAGCAGAUAGCAUUAUGGAUUCUAAAUCGCCCGAAACACCGAUUGAAAGUGAAACAGAAAAGGAUCAUACAAUGGAAGCAAAACAAAAUGAUUCAAAUAUCAACACGGGAGAAGUAGAAGCAGCUGCAGAGCAAACCAUUAGCUGCGAUAGACAGAACGAUGCCAUGAAAGACUUUACUGAAUCUGAUCUUAUCCCUGCAGAAAACGUACACACGGCAAAGUUACAAUUGCCGUUCAAAGAGCCCACUUGUAAUUUCACCGAGUGGAAGGACGAUAUUUUAAGUUCGUCCAAAUACCUUACGAAACCAGUACAUCCGAGAAUUCGAGCAUUGGUCAAAGAAGCGGUGGUCUUUAAAAAGGCAUUAAACAACCUCAAAUUAGCCUCAAAACUAACGGAGCCUAUAGAUUUGACCGAGGCAUUAGUGACUCACAGAAGAUUGCCUUUGAAUCAGCGCAUGUGUAUUACUGUGCAGAACUAUCCGUCCAGAAAACCAGUAACUGCUGCUCAAUCACAGCCGCUUGACGGAAACCUGAACAAAACAACAAACGAUAAGCUUGUUCCUUCCAGCAACAGCUCUCAGGUUGUUGAACCUGGCAGCAGUGUAACUAGGCAGUACGAAGUAUCCAAUACUCGUAGUAGUAAUUUUGGGAAUGAAUUUUUAAAGAUAACAAGCACCUGCACUAUAUCAUCAACAUCAUCAAUGAACAGAAUGCCGACUGCAGGAGCUGCUGGCAUAUCUUUACAACAGUUUCGUGAAUCAAGUUCCAGUGAGCCACAAGCAAGUGCGUCUCUACCGGUAAUGCCAAAGUCUGGGUCAAACUAUGCAGUGUACACACCGUGGCGAAACUAUUUCAAAGAUACGAACGUUGAGAAUGAAACUAUCGAAUCAAACAGAUCACCAAUCAAAAGGGCCACACCUGCAGAGGAUCAACCAGUUACAUUGAACGCAUCAAAUCCUACGAAUAAUGAAAAUAGUCCUACUUGCAGCUUGGUAGAUGCUACCACUUCUAACGCGGACAUGGUGGAUUGUUCAUUGAAGCGCGAUCAGUUAACCAAAUGUUCGGCUUCUAGAACGACUAACGUCGUUGGUCAGGAGCUGUUAAGUUUAGUAGCAUGUUCAAGCACGAAUGAUGUCACUGCCGCCUCCAGCAGUGGCACUAGAGACUUGGCCGACUCAUCCAAACAACCUACAACUGCGGUUGCUGCAACAAUCAGUCCAAAGCGAAGAAUGUCGGUGGAUUGCUUAACGGAGGAUACGCGGCAGAGAGUGGAGCUCUCGUCAACCGCUUCACGAUCUGCCUCUCUUUCAAAGGAAUUCUUUUCGUCCAUCGCUUUGCCAAUCGUUUCGGCGCUCGAUUUCGUUCAACCUAAACCACGAUGCAAUACCAGAACAAAGACCAUUUGCUCGACACCGAAGUCGAAGGCAUCAGCCCUACCUCAGACACCACCGACGCCGAUGGUAGUGUUGCAUUCUCCCGCCAAAUCAUGCCGCACUCCUCUCAAGGGUCCACCGAUGGUGGAAUCCGAGUUUGAUGCUAACUCUUCGGUACAAAAUAUCAUGGAUUCUUUGCUUAAAACACCGAUCAAAACCGAGAUCAACGACGAGGUGGAACAUGAUGGCAACAUACCCGAUAUCAACGAGUCUAUGUUUUCAAACGUGUCCGCGAUCUCGCAUGAUGUUCUCUACAAAAGCUACUUUUCGACCGAGAAUCCGCUUUCUGCCGUAAAGUCUGAUCCUGAGGAAGAAAAGACGCCCGUUAAACAAGCGUGUGAAACGGCGACGGUGGAUCUAGUUUCGCCGUGGCACACUGCCAUGUCCUCCACACCUGUUACGGCUACCAAAAGCAUAGCAAGGAUUAUGAGCACUGCAGAUGCGAACGUAUCGGCAGUGCCAACCAACAUCAGCUCAUCAAACAUUUUGUUGUCUAACAGUGGACAAAAAUCACCUUCCAAUUCAACGCUUGAGGUGUGUAUUGACGAGGACACCGUACCAAGCGAAACGUCGCAGAACAUUACAGCAUGUUCCAAGAGCGAACCGGAAGCUGUGUUUCGUCAAAAACGGCGUAGUGCAAAGAAAAGGAAGAAAAGAGAAAAGCACUCCAUGGCCGACGGUCACAGCAGGCGGUCGAAGAAGAAGAAGCAACAUUCUAUUGAUACGUCUUCCGCCAGCUCGGAACAAACGUCUGCAAGCAUGUCCAUGCUUGUGCCACCACCAUCCACAGAUGGGCCACGAGAACAAAUUGUUCCACAGCCUGCUCAGCGUGAUUACGCACCAGGUGAAAUCAUUCCGCAUCAAAGCGAUACCAUUGCCAACGACAUCAUGCUACAGACAAUCAAAGCCACCCACGAUCAACGGUCUACGGCGGAAGCAGAUGUCCCUAACGUGGCGCAAAGUGCGACUGAAAAACCAAUGGAUCGCAUAAAUUUGACGACAGAAGUUGUAAAUGGAUUUUAUACCAUACCACCUGGCGGAGGAAACUUGAGUGCUCCCACUGCAGGGUCACCGUUUGAGGCUGCUACGGCUUCGAGCACCACGGACAAGGAAAAUGUGCCAUGGGUCAAGAAGGAAUCGAUAUUGAGGACGCCCGGUCAGUUCGUUACCCCGGAUGGACCAGUCAACUUUGUGCGCGAAAUGAGGGUUGUCAAGGAAAGUCCCAAUUACAUGAGAGUGUACAUAACGAGGAAAAAAGUCUAAUUCUACGCGCUGCCGAAGA